GAAUUGUUUGAAAGAUUGUACCAUUACAAAAAAGGUUGACGAGCACUGGUCUAGGGCCUGUCAUCGUCCAAAUCUGGCGAUGUGUAGUACACCGUCAUGAUUGGUAGCGUGCGUCUUAUUGUAUAAUCAGACUUGCUGUCUAUGACCCAGGCCGUCGGGUUGCCGCUUUUAUUGCAGUAUGAAAUUUCGUAAUUUUACUCUGAUCGAUAUGUUAUUUACCAUAGUUUCUGUGAUCCGACAUAAUCGUGCAUUGAACAUGCAUCGUUGGAGCCAGAAGGAUGCAAAAUGCAUUCCUCCGAACUUCCUGUAAGGCUGGACUGGAUUUUCUGUUCCCCCGUGAGAUUUUGUGUCGAUUGUGAGAUGCGAAAGAAAAAACGAUUCAGACAUACAGAAUAAGAUGAGAGAUGGCAAAGAAGAUGCCGAAAUAAAUGCUAAAAGCAGAUCGACAGAAAUGAGGCAAAAUCCUGUAACAAAAAACACAAUCAUUGUUAAAUUUGACAAAAGACAAUGGGUGCAUAGAAACAACGUCGUUGACAUAAUUGGUCAAGAAAUAGGCAAAUCUAAGAUAGCAAGUGUCUAUGGAGAAGGAGAAAAAAAAUUUAGAGUGUGACAUUACACAAAGAAAAUCAUUAUACAAUUUCACUGAAGGAAGGGAUUCUGUACCAAUUUAAAAAUGAAACAAUUCAUAUACCAGGCGGUACAAUUAUGGAUGGUGAAGAAUGGUUAAAAGUUCCAUGUGUAGAAAAACUUGCCUAUAUUUUGGCACAAAUCAUUUAUAUGAUGAUGUUGAAACUGUCAAUCAUCAAGUAGAGAGAAUAAUGAAAUGUGCUAAUUGGUCCGCAAUAAAUGUAUAUUGUGCCAUAUAAAAGCUUAACAAAAAAUGGAUAUCUCCCCGAGUCGUUAUCAAAAAAUAACAAAAGUGAAGAACGUAAUUAUGAAAGGAUCAUAAUCAUAGUAAUCAUUUUCGCAUUUGAUCCAUGUCAUCGUUUUAAUAUAUACUUAUAUUACCAUUAAUAAUUAAUUUGCAUGGAAAAAAGAAAAACUUCCAUACCAUGAUUAUAGGGUUUUUCUACUUACUAUCCAUGUCAAUGAUCCACAAUAAAUAGAUACCUUUAAUAAAAUUUAAAUGAACUACUGCCAUACACAUAUUUAAAGCAAAACAAAUUUAUCAAACACAUCAAUGGAUUCAUCGCUCAUUAUUUUUAAUUUUGUUCCUUAUACAAUAUAUAUUUGAUUGUAGCUUUAAGCUUGCAUUUGAACAUUGUUCGCAGGAUUGAUUGGUAAGUAUAAUAUCUUCAAAUAUAAUAUAAUUCCAAAAAUUCCAUAUUGCUCCCUUCGCAGAUGCUAUAAUUAGUCCUAAUAUUGGUAUUACAUUUUGGAGAAAAAUCAUAGUUCAAAUAUAGUAAUGGAGAGGUGCGAUGUUACACCAUUCUCAAAAUUUUUGAACAUAAACACAUUAAAAAAUAGAUGUUUGUUUACAUGUUCCUACUAUAUUGUUAUUACAGAGCUGACAAUACCCAUCAUCAUUUUCUAUCAUAUGCAGGAUAUUAUCCCCUGUUUCUAAUGCCAUAUGUCCAAUGUUCCAUCCUAAAAUUUGAAGCUUUUUGGGAAUACAGUAAUUCAAAAUAUCUAUCCAUUUUAAGUUGUCUAUGAUUAUUUUAUACCUGAGCAAUAUUCAUUAUUUUGUAGUUUAACCAUGUGUGUGGAGUAGACCAAUGUUAUAACAGUAAAACAAACUGCAUUCCUUUUUAAUAUACCCAUGCCCUGUUGUUAGAGACAAUAAAAUGUAGCUCAUAAAAAUACUAGAAUAUUCAACUUAGCGAAAUGAGUGGUGGCUCAUAAUUUUGCUAUGCAAGAUUUAAACAAACAGAAUGGCUGAUGCUGAUAACUUACAUAGCUCCAAACAAAUGGAGCAUCGUCUUGCAUUGAAAAAGUCAAGCAAUCAGAAACUAAUUGAAGAUAUUGAAAAUGUCAUGUCAGGCUAUGAAAAUGAUGAAUCUGCUGAACCAUAUUCGUUUUGUAGUGGAACUAUCUCUUGGUAUAACAACUACCUACGAUAUUACACUCACGUGGUCAUUUUCUUUGUUAUCUGUUGUGUGUUUCUGAACUCUUAUAUCAUCGUCUUCAAUUACUCAUUGUCAACAUCUGGCUUUGGUGAUCUUGCUGAUUUGUUGUACAUCAUACUUAUGUUUUUACGAUCACGAACUGGGCAUCUCAUUGAUGGGGUUGAAGAACGGAAUCUUUUAAAAGUUCGGGAAAGAUAUCAGACCAGUGUCGGCUUUUUCCUGGAUUUGAUAACCAUUCUUCCAUUCUCAUUUCUUCGAUAUAUUUUUCCUGGUGAAGAACAUUGGUUUUAUGUCAUUGAUAAGCAGAAGAUCUAUCUUCGACUUCACUAUGUUCUGUACUACAUCGGGUGUAGACAAGAAGAACCUGGGUCAAGCACUGUUAAAUUCAGGACUACGCUCUACAUAACUUUAUCAAGCAUAGUGAUUCAUUUCUCAGCAUUGGGAUUUUAUGGUAUUUCAUGCGCAAAUGCAGGCUAUGGAGAAUUUAGAAUAAGCAUGUGCCGGGAGAAUAGUUGGCUAUAUCAUCACCUUUUGUAUAAAAUUCAUGACCGUUUGAAUAUUAAUCUAUUUAAAAUGGAAGAAGAUGUUACUGAUGAAGUUCGGCACUUGGUUCCUAGAUAUGUUAUAAGUCUUUACUGGGCUGCUCAUUCAUCUUUUUCAACUGGAUUUGGUGAUGUACAUGCCUUUACAAUCACUGAAAAGGUGUUCUCAGUGUUUGCAAUGUUGAUUGGAAUGGCUUUCUUAUAUGGAAUGGCUGUUUCAGGAAUUACUUCUAUGCUUUUGAAUGCAGAUGCACGUCGAGCUUCAUUUGUUCAUUAUUAUGAUGCUUUCAAAGGAGAAUUGGAAAACAUGCAUGUCAGAGAGCAGGUCAAAGGUGUGUGUUCCGGAUAUUGUGACUACAUAUGGCAUAGAUUUAAGGGUCUUAUGGUUCAUGAAAUGGGAACCUUGGAUAUUCUGCCUGACUGUCUACAUGGAACUUUCACUGAAUAUGCAUUUAAACCACUGCUGGAUGGAGCAAGCUUGUUAAAAGGAAGCCAAGGCGCUUUGUGUAGAAAACUUGCCCGAGUGUCAAAGCAUCGAAUAUAUUUAAAAAAUCGAUAUGUUCAGCGUGCUGGAGAGAUUGCUGAUGCAAUGUGCUAUGUUCACCGAGGAUCAGUUCAGGUUUUGGACCAGUCAGAAAAAAAUGUUAUUGAUACUAUAUCAGAAGGUGAAUGUUUUGGAGAAGUGUUUUUACUUUUUGAUCUACCUCGUUUGAACACAAUUAAAUGCCUAACGGACUGUGAGUUAUUGUGGCUGGACAAACAUGCAUUUGCUGAAGUCAUCGUAGACUAUCCGGAAGCUUCUGAUCAAAUUAAGGAUGCGAUCAGAGAAAGAUGUAAAGCGUCAUGCAGGUGGCCACUUGAUAUCCCUACAUUAUCAGAUUCUGUCGUUUUGGAAAGAAUUAUGAAAGGCCAUAGACAUAGUAUAGUUGAAGAUAUUACGGAAGCCUCAAUACGGAAAAUAAAAAAUUAUCAAAAAGAAGAGUCACCUUCUGAAAAUGUUCCUGGAGUUGUAAGAAUGACUGAAGUUGCAGAUAUGGAGUAUGAUGGAAUUGGAUUGUCUCGUGUCACUUUUUGUAAUAUAGGUGGAGAUGGAAAUCACUCUGCUGCAAUUGAAGAUGAUGAUUCAAACAAGAUGACUUUGUUUCAAAGAAUUGAGGAAGCAACAAUAUGUCAUACAAAUGGAAAAUUUUAUCGGUUCUGGGAAAGAUAUAUUACAGCACUGUCUCUCUUUGCAUUUUUAUUCCAAACAACCAUGUUUUGUAUGAACAUAAUAAUAAGAAGGGUAAAUCCUUGUGCCGGAACAUGCGUUGACAAUCUGCCAGUACUGGACGUUGCUGUAGAUAUGGAAGAUGAUGAAAAUAUGAUUGAAUCUCUUCAAGUGUGUGAAACUGAAUCCAACAUGAAUGGGACUAUUGGAUGCAUUCUGGGAGUCGGUGGACUGUUAUCUGAAAGGGUAACAGGCAACCUCACUACAGGAUAUGUAGUCGAUAUACCUUGGACAUGGGAUGUUUCUAUUAUGGGCUUGAAUGUGGAAACUGUUAAUGGUUGGAUACAUCUUAUCAUUUCUUAUUUGAUAAUUGAUCUUUCACUUUGGUUGAAUAUCUUCAUAAAUAUGAGGACUGUUAUCCGAACCACCACAGGGGAAGUUACAAGCUUCCGUGACAUUGGAAAGUACUACUUGACAUUCAGAAAGUUUGGCAUUGAUCUGCUCUAUGUGUUCCCAUUUGAAAUUCUUGCCCCAACGUUUUCAAUGUUCAAGAUGCGAAACAGAGCGGGAAAACAUGUUUGGUGGCUGCUGCUGCGAAAUAACAGACUUUUUUGUAUAUUUCGUUACUUCCCCAGAAAUUUUGGCAAAUGGAAGCGAAGUCUUACUGCCAAUAUAGUGCGAAUCAAGCUGACAUAUGUCAUCCUUAUUUGUUUCUGCAUUGUACACACCAUAUGUGUUUGGCUUCCUUGGUCAAGAUGUAGUUACAUGAAUCAGGAUUGGAGUCAUGAACACUUUGGUAAAGCGGGGACAUAUAGUGAAAGUUGUCAAAAAAUUCUAGAUUACUCUCAAUUGUUUUAUGUCUGCAGUAUGACUAUUACUAGUACAGGGUAUGGUGAAUAUCCUGCAACUGUGACUGAUUUGAUGCUUAUGGCUAUAAUGACAAUGACCCUGGGAACAAUUAUGUGUGGAUGGAUCAUUGCAGUUAUUUCAUCAAUGAUAUCCAGUACAGCAUCAGCUGUUACCACUUAUAGCAACGAUCUCUUGAUGAUGAAAAGAUAUCUGCUAAAACAUGCUGUGCCUCUUCAAUUGACAAACCGAGCACUUGAUUGCCGAUAUAUUCUUUGGGACAGAUUCCUGGGUGAUGCUACUCCUGGUGAAGGAAGGGAUGCAGCUAUUGAUAGCAAGCUUCCCUUGAAUCUUCAUCAAAUGCUUAUGUAUGAAAGUUUUGGAAGCUUUAUUGAACGUAUUCCUCUGUUCAAAGGACUUCAUCCUGCUGCAAUAUCUAAGCUAUGCAACAAUAUUGAUGCCUAUCAUUAUUCAGAAGGGAUGGUGGUUAUUUAUGAGGGUGACAUGUGUGGUGGAUUAUACAUCAUUAAGCAAGGUCAUUGUGUUGUGGUCACCGAUGAUUUGACAGAGUCAUUUGAUGUUUUGCAUCCUGGAGAUUACUUUGGUGAAGUUGAGAUUUUCUAUGGUAAAGGCUCGGCACGAACAGUUGUUGCUGAUACUAGUGUUGAAAUCCUUUUCUUGAAGAAAGUUCAUAUUAUUGACAUCAUUGCUACCUUCCCAUCAAUCAAUUCUCAAAUAGCCAAAAUUGGUGAUAACCAGGAAUACCAUGACAUGAUCGUUCAAAAUAUCCACCGGCGUACAGACAAGCCAAGGGUUGACAUGAGUAAGCGAUUUGAUAUUCAUCAUAUGAGUGGAGGUGUGUCAUAUUACGGUGACAAAAUUGUGGAAGCUCCUGCAGUUUGGAAGAUGACCAAUGCUGACAACAAUGACGAUGUAUAUGUGCAUCCGUUUUUGAAGAGUUUGGCACAACUGUUCCUGUUGCCUUUUACCUUUGACCCAGGCAGCAAGCUAUACAUAUAUUAUGAAACAUUCAGAAUGAUUCUGGUCAUAAUUACAAUAAUCAUUGUGCCAAUCCAGGCAGCUUACAUGCCGAACAUACCAGCGCUAUUGGCGUUGCAGUACAUUCUCGAUGCAUUGGCUAUGGUGGACCAAUACAUUAAGCUACAUACAAUGUACUACAAUGAUCGCAAGGUUCUGGUGUGCCAUCCAUUAUAUACUGCGGGCCAUUAUUUCAAGACUAGUUUUUUUGUUGAUUUUAUUUCCUGGUUUCCAUUUGAUUUGAUUGUAAUGGCCGCAAUACCGACACCAUGGACACUUGCUCAAUGGAGGUUCAUUUGUAUGUUCCGGAUACUCCGUAUUCUACAAUUAUACAAGCUGAUAAAUUACUUCAACUAUUGGCAAAGUGAUGUUCGUUGGAGAAGAAGAUUCUUAAAACAUUGUACUAGAAUUAUAUAUACGAUACUGAUGCACAACUCUGUUGCGUGUGUCAUGUACAUCACAAUGGCUCAACCACACAUAAAAUGGAUUGACAACACUAACAACACUGAUUACAUGACUUUGACUGGUGCAGCUGGACCAUUCUCUGUCCCAAAAGAAUCGUGGGUUGCGAAAGCUAUCAUAGAUGAUGCGUUCCCUGCACUAGACUUGGUGAACAGUACCUUUCAUCGAUAUCUACUCAGCUUAUACUACGUAACAGCCACACUUGUGUCUGUAGGAUAUGGAGAUGUUGUUGCUGCCGCCAGUAUUGAGAAGUUAUUUUGCUCUAUUCUGAUGUACUUGGGAAUCAUUUACUAUGCUCUUAUAUUGGGAGAUAUAGCUGCCACCAUUCAGAUGGACGAUACAACUAGAGCUGUUUUCAAGAAGCGAAUGAUGGACAUUAGAAACUUUUUUAAGUUGAAUCAUGUUUCAAAAGAAACAACAAACCAGGUUAUUGACUUCUACUCAUACCUUUGGGAAAGAACAGGAGGUAUUACCCCAAAUGAUUUAUUCAGAGGCCUUCCUCCAAACAUCAGAGCCAGCCUCUACCAUUGUAUGUAUGAUGAAAUGAUUCGAGAAUCUUUCCAGACUUCCGACGCUAUCGCAAACUCAAAUAUAUCGGAAAAGGAUAUCAAUCGAUUUUUCAAUCUUCUAUCUAUGUACGUUCAUCCACAAAUCUUUCUGGCGAAAACUAUCAUAUUCAGUCGGAAUAGUGUUGGGGAAGAUAUGUAUUUUCUUCAGCGAGGUAAUGUUGCCAUACUUGAAGAAGAUGAUGAAACACUGAAACGUGUGCUUGGACCAGGACAAUAUUUUGGAGAGAUUGCUUUAUUCUCUUCAAUUCCUCGUACUGCAACAGUUGUUGCUAUGACUAAUUGUGAUUUGAGUGUUAUCAACAAACAAGAUUUGAGUAAUAUUCUUGAUAGAUACCCUCAAUUCAGGGAAAUCAUGACCACCAUUGCCCUGGAUCGUAGACUCAAAGGAACAACCUCAACUAGCUAUGUCAGACGCAAGAGCGUGACUGACCAAUUCUCCAAUGCGAAUGUUUAUGAUGAAAAGGGUAACAGGAAUGAUGGUCAAGAUAAGUUCUUCUUUUCUAAGAUAAUAGAUCGUAACUCAACAUUUGCACAAAUAUGGGAUCAUGGCACAGUUAUCUUGGCUUUCCUUUCAUCAUCAUUGGCUGUCUAUCAAGCAUGCUUCCUUACCCAUAAUUCUGGAAUUGAUACUUUUGUAUUUCUUAUGGAUGUGUGGUUUGCAAUUGACAUGGUGAUAUGUUUCCACACAAGUUACUUUGACAAAAUGGGAGACAUUGUUGAAACCUUGGAAAAGAUUCAUGCACAUUAUGGGAAGGAUUGGAGGAGAUUUUUUAUUGAUUGUGUUACAAACUUUCCUUUUGAAGUUUUCGUCCAUUUUGUUCCAAUGGGUGGAACAAUGAGUGAGACCUACGCAAGAAAGUUGGCGAUUUUGUCUUAUCUACGAUUGAAUAGAGUUCUUAGGAUGAGGAAAUUUUUUGCUAUAUUGGCUACGUGGGAGCGGGAUUUGCAAAAAGACACAUUAUUAGUCAGAAUGUACAAACUUGUUCUUGUGCUUUUCUAUAUCAUCAAUCUCUUUUCUUCUGUCUUCUACUUUGUUGCUUGUCCUGGCGGAAGUUGUGUGGAAUUGAGCUGGACUACAAUGCCUUUGACUGACUAUAAAAAUAAAGGCGUUAGAGGUGAAGAGCUGUUACCAUGGGUCGAUGGAUGCUAUUGGACUGUCGCUACGAUGACAUCAACUGGUUAUGGAGACAUCAGGCCUAGAAGUGUCACUGAAAUUUCAUUUGCAAUGUGUGUUAUGGUUGCUGGGAAAGUACUGAUUGGUUACAUAUUGAGUAUGCUUGCUGCUACUUUAGCCAAUGACGAUGCAAGAAAAGUAUGGUAUGAGGAACAAGUCAAUGCCGUUAAAACAUAUAUGACGGACAUGAAAUUUGAUAAAACUAUAUUCGAUCAUAUUGAACAAUAUUAUGAUUAUAUCUGGAUGAAAAACCAAGGAGCAAAAUUUUCUGAACUUUUCAACGAUUUGUGCUACAGCCUGAAAGCAGACAUCAUGUAUCAAUUAGUUGGAAGUGAUGUAGAACGGAAUGAAUUGUUCAAUGGAUGUUCGAUAAAUUUCAUUCGCCAUGUUUGUUCGUUGAUGCGAUCUGUCUCGUACAUGCCAAGCGAUUACAUUUGCCUUCAGGAUGAUGUUCGAAGCGACAUGUUUGUUAUACAUCGUGGAGUGGCCGAAAUAUUCAAACAAGAUGAGAAAGGCAAAAACAUUCCCAUACGAUUAAUGAUGGACGGAGAAACUUUCUUAUCGGAAUGUGCGCUUAGAGCAACUCGUCUUUCAUUCUCUGUACGAGCUAGAACAUAUGUUGAUGUGUAUACACUUAGCAAAGAUGAUUUGAAAACCUGCAUUGAGAGUUAUCCCUUUGAUGGGGAUAUUUUGCGACAAAAUGCAGCAAGCUUGCAUCCAACAUUAGCAUAAUAUAUAUUUGCCAUGAUUAGUUUUACUGUAUAUUUAAAACACCAUUUGUGUUUGUUAGUUCUAAUACAAAAACAAGAAAUUAAU